AUGUAUCUCAAACACUCUCUACCGGCCUUCCUCCUUGGAUUGCUGGCUCACGAUGCUGUGGCUACACCCGCGCCAGCAUCCACUUCGGAGUCGGCCCCAGACUCGGUCCCGGAUCCCUAUAAGGUCUACACCAUCAGUGCCAAUAACAUCACCGCUAAAUUGAUCGGCCGUGGUGCGCGUUUGACCUCCAUACUAGUCCCCGAUCGCGACGGCAAGCUUCAGGAUGUUAUCGUUGGCUACGAUGACACUACAAAGUACGAAAACGACACCAACUACUUUGGCCCCGUCGUUGGCCGCUAUGCCAACCGCAUUAAGAAUGGAACCUUUACGAUUGAUGAUAAAGAGUAUCACGUUCCCGAAAACGAGAAUGGUGGCCUCGACACCCUCCACGGUGGGAAAAUCGGCUACGACAAGCGCGAUUGGACUGUUACCGCACACACCGACACCUCCAUCACCUUCUCCUUCUACGAUCAAGCACUCCAGGGCUUCCCCGGCGACGUCCUCACGCACGCGACCUUUACCGUAGGCAAUGAUAUCACCCCCGAAAAUCCCAAAGGUCUACCCCAGCUUACCAGCCGAAUUGUUGCGCUGUCUCUAACCGAGAAAACCCCCAUCAUGCUCGCCAAUCACAUUUACUGGAACCUAAACGCAUUCAGAGAGGAGAACGUCCUAAAGGACACAACACUCCACCUCCCUCUUAGCUCACGCUACAUCGCCUCGGACGGAAUCUUGAUCCCCAACGGCACAAUUGGCACAGUGGACACUGCCUACAAUGGCGCAGCAGACUUCACCUCCCCCAAGCUCAUCGGCAAGGACAUCGAAGAAGCCGCGGGUAUUUGCGGUACGGGCUGCACUGGCUACGAUAACUGCUUCCUUGUCGACCGUCCCGUCGGCUAUGCUGCUCCAGACUCCAUGGUUCCCGUCGUGCGCAUGAGCUCUAGCGCCACCGGUAUUGGUCUACAGGUCUCGACCAACCAAGCCGCCAUUCAGAUCUAUUCUUGCAAUGGCCAAAACGGCACUGUCCCCGUCAAGCCCUCCCAACUCAAACGCAAUAAAGAGGACGGUGUCGACGGCCCCGCUGUGGUGAACCAGUACGGCUGCGUUGUCAUCGAGACUGAGGACUGGAUCGACGGCAUAAACCGGCCUGAAUGGGGCCGCCUCCCUUACCAGAUAUUCACUCCUGACGGCCCUGCUGCUGUCAACUUGGCCACAUACCAGUUCAGCACUUUCUGA